GCCCGCACUUACUUUUUCGUCUCAUCUCACCUUCUUUCGCUGUGUUACAUCUCUCGUCUGAUAUUCCCGUUGCCCCCUAACCAACAACCACCAUGGCAUCCAGCCUGGAAGAAGUAAAAGAGGCGCUGAAGGCCAUCACACUGGGCCAGGCGAAGCUGAUGUCUGCCGUUGAGACCGUGUCGCAGCAUGUGGCUGACUUGGAGAAAUCCCGGGAGGAAAGUCGCCAGCGUCCAAGCGUGGCAGGGACAGACGGGGUCAAGCGGACGGUGACACCCCUUGUUAGCGGCAUCACCCCUUCACCAUCGGCGACAUUGCCGGCCGAAGCAGGCACUCAGACGCCACCGGUGGCCCCGCAAUCACCGGAACUCAAGUCUGCCUUCUCCUCCCGUGUCGUCCUCACCACCUAUCCCAAGCAGAUCGGCAUCAAGCCGUUGCCGUUGGAGUGGGGUGCCGCGGAUCCGUUGCAGCGCGGCCCGGUGACCGUUUCCAGGGUACCAUCGACCAUCGGGAAACGGAAUGCCAUCGGCGCUCACGGCGGCUCGUAUUCUGUUUACUACGCCUUGGCCGUAGCUAGCAGAGAACUCAAGUCCGACCACAAGCCCGAUUUUACCAAUACCGAGCCCGCCGUGAACAUUGGCCCCUUCCCCCAAUGGGGUGACGAGAAGAAGAUCGUGGCCAUGGACCCCUGGGGCCAUUUGGUGCCCUCUCUUUUCGGAGACCUCAUCGACAAAGAUAACGUGGAUCUUCGACCGACCAUCGCUAUCACCAAGGCACACAUGAAGUUGCCCGAGCUCGAGGAGAGUGUGAAGACCGGGCGGUUGGUUCCUGACGGCAAAGUGUGCAUCAACAAGCUUGGCGAGCUCAGUGUGACCAAGUUCGCCGUUGAGCCAGUCUGGUAUCUCCCGGGAGUUGCGGAGCGGUUCGGUAUCGAUGAGGGCACCCUGCGGAGGUCGCUGUUUGAGCACACCGGUGGCAUGUAUCCAGAGUUGAUAACCCGGUCCGAUAUCAAGGUUUUCCUGCCCCCCAUUGGCGGCCUGACGGUAUACUGCUUUGGAGACCCGGCGAACAUGUCCGACCCCUCCAAGAAGCUCGCGCUGCGCAUCCACGACGAGUGUAAUGGAAGCGACGUCUUCUGUUCGGAUAUCUGCACAUGCAGGCCCUAUCUCGUCUUCGGCAUCGAGGAGGCCGUCAAGGAGGCCCAGAACGGCGGGAGUGGUGUUGUCAUCUACUUCCGAAAGGAAGGCAGGGCUCUGGGUGAAGUAACAAAGUACCUCGUGUACAACGCCCGCAAGCGCGGGGAAGAUCGCGCAUCGGAUUACUUCAAGCGGACCGAGAACAUCGCGGGGGUCAAGGACAUGCGCUUUCAGGCCCUGAUGCCUGAUAUCCUGCACUGGCUGGGCAUCACCAAGAUUGACAGGAUGCUCAGCAUGAGCAACAUGAAACACGAUGCCAUUGUCGGGCAAGGUAUCCCCAUCCACGAGCGAGUCGAGCUUCCGGAGUCGUGGAUUCCCGCGGACUCGAGGGUUGAGAUCGAUGCCAAGAUCAACGCCGGGUAUUUCACGACCGGCCACCGAAUGACAGAGGAGGAGCUCAAGUCGGUGCAGGGCCGGAUAUGGGAGGACAUCGACCACUGAAGUUUAUUGAGGCUGGUCCUCUGCAGCGUCCGAGUUGCAGCUCUUGGGGUACUUAAGCCACUCGUGCCGUUGCGGGCCGCGAGAUCGUCUGAGACGGGCUAACCAAUACCGUUUCAAUACCGUGCCACGAGGUCACCUGAAGCAGUGCGAGAUGAGAGCGGAUUGGUUGUGGGAGGGUGCUUCCGUCCUCUCAAUGCCCUUAAAAUGGUUUAUAUUUCCUGCAAGAGGCAUUUUUCAACAACAGAACAACCCCCACGGAUAAG